AUGUCACGCCGUGGGAAGUUUACAAAGCUAUUGAAGAGCAUACACUGGAACUGGAAACAUCUAAAUACUGUCAUCCGACCUCACGGUCUAGUGUCACUUGAUUUUGACGUCAUAUCCAAAUUUAGAUUGUAUGGGAAACUUAAAGGUUGGUUGGUUGUAUAUGUUCAACUAUACAGAGACUGCUUAGAGAUUCUGAAGGACAAUCCAAGCAGUAAAGGAAAAGAUGCGAUCUACACAAUUUACCCUCAUCUGAAAAAUAGGAAGCUGGUCUAUUGUGACAUGACGACGGACGGAGGCGGAUGGACGGUCAUACAGAAAAGGCUGGAUGGAACUACCGAUUUUUAUAACACAUGGAAUCAAUAUAGGACUGGAUUCGGCGACCCCUACAAAAAGUAUUGGAUAGGAAACGACGCCCUACACUUGCUGACAAAGUCAGGCAGCCAAGUCCUCCAUGUGGAUCUUCAGAAAUUUAACGGUCAGAAUGCGUACGCUAAAUACUCCAAGUUCUCUGUUGGUGACGAAAGCAGCAAGUACAGACUCACUGUGUCAGGAUACAGGGGCACGGCAGGAGACAGUCUUUUGUACCACAAUGGAAUGAAGUUUUCAACGAAAGAUCAAGACAACGGCAAAAGUCAGGGAAGUUGUGCCACGUAUCACAAAGGAGCGUGGUGGUAUAACACUUGUUUUCACUCCACCCUCAAUGAACAGUAUGCUAAAUCCGCAGUGGUUAGUGACAAAUACCUUAGUUGGUAUCACUGGGGAAAUAAGCUCGAAGCAUUGAGAAGAACAUCCAUGAUGAUUCGACCUUUGAAAUGA